ACUCUACAACCCACCUGUGAAAUGCCAAUAGCUGAUGAUCCCACACUGAUGCAAGAAUCCAGAAAAAUUGAUGAUGUUGAGACUAAACUCCAUGGGAAUAAGAUUGAGAUUUACGAGAGAUUGGAUAUAGAAGUUAUAAAUGGAAUAGCGUGCCAGUUUCAUAUCAACAAUUACAAUAAAGACCUAGGAGCAAGCAAACAAAUAACCCAUUCUAAUCGUGGGAACUCUGAUACAUCACAUGAUAAAGGACGAGAAGUCAGAGAAUGCAAUAUCGAAUCAAGACCAGCAAGUAUGAAACAACAAAUUAACUGCACUGCUAAUCCAAUCAGUAUUAUCCAACCAUCCAAUACUCCAUCACCACAA